UAUUUGCUUCAGUUGUUUCUCAAUGCAGAGGCUUUGAGUUGUAGUUGAGGCUUUGAGUUGUAAUUGAGGUCUGAGUAAUCAAAUCCUUGAGAAAAAAAAAUGUUGGAGGAUGAGCAGAAGGCUAGUAGAGCCAAGGACAUUGACAAUUGGCUCCCGAUCACGUCGUCCCGAGACGCCAAAUGGUGGUAUUCUGCAUUCCACAAUGUGACUGCCAUGGUUGGGUCUGGUGUUCUCGCCCUCCCUUAUGCUAUGGCAGGGCUUGGAUGGGGCCCUGGGGUGGUUGUUCUUAUACUUUCAUGGAUCAUCACUUUGUACACUCUAUGGCAAAUGGUUGAGAUGCAUGAAAUGGUUCCCGGGAAGCGGUUUGAUAGAUACCAUGAGCUAGGACAGCAUGCCUUCGGUGAAAAGCUUGGCCUCUGGGUUGUGGUGCCUCAACAGUUGGUUGUAGAAGUGGGUGUUGACAUUGUGUACAUGGUCACCGGAGGCAAAUCCUUGCAGAAGUUCUACAAUAUUGUUUGUUCUGACUGCCGACGGCUCAGGACCACCUACUUCAUCAUGAUAUUUGCUUCUUGUCACUUUGUCCUCUCCCAUUUGCCCAACUUCAACUCCAUUAGCGGCGUCUCAUUUUCUGCAGCAGCAAUGUCCUUAACUUACUCGACUAUCGCUUGGAUAGGUUCAGCUCAUAAGGGUGUCGUAGCAGAUGUUGACUACAAAUACAAAGAUUCGACCUCAACUGGAAAAUUCUUCCACUUCUGUCAUGCCUUGGGUGAAGUAGCAUUUGCCUAUGCUGGUCACAAUGUGGUGUUGGAGAUCCAAGCUACAAUUCCUUCCACCCCUGAGAAGCCUUCCAAGGGACCCAUGUGGAAAGGAGUCAUUUUUGCUUACAUGGUUGUUGCCAUCUGCUACUUCCCUGUUGCUUUAGUUGGGUAUCGGGUGUUUGGGAACAGCGUUGCUGACAAUAUCCUUAUCACACUCGAGAAACCCGGUUGGCUUAUUGCAGCAGCCAACAUUUUUGUUGUCAUCCACGUUGUUGGAAGCUACCAGAUAUAUGCGAUUCCGGUGUUUGACAUGAUGGAAACAUUCCUGGUGAAGAAACUGAAAUUCACACCAUGUUUCAGGCUUCGUCUUAUUACCCGCACUUCAUAUGUUGCUUUUACGAUGUUCAUUGCUAUGAUGAUCCCUUUCUUUGGUAGUCUCAUGGCGUUCUUGGGAGGAUUGGCUUUUGCACCCACAACAUACUUUCUCCCCUGCAUCAUGUGGCUUGCUGUUUACAAGCCCAAGACCUUUAGCUUAUCAUGGUGUUCAAAUUGGAUCUGCAUUGUGCUGGGAGUAGUAUUGAUGAUUUUAGCUCCCAUUGGUGCACUAAGGCAGAUCAUCCUUCAAGCCAAGACCUACAAAUUGUUCUCGUGAUUUUCUUCCCACCGCAAUAAGGAUUGGAUUGACUCGCAAAGAAUUUCAAUAUCAGAUGGUGAUGAUUUUGACUUCAACUAUUCAUUUUAACAUCAAAUUUCAUGAUGUUUCUUCUAGGAACCAACUGCAAAAUUUUGAAUCUCCUUGCUGGGUCUUAUAGUUUCUCUCUGUCGUUUUCAUUUGUUUUUAGAGACCACUAUUGAAUAUAUGUUUCCAACUUGGCAAAAAUGUCUGGAAUUUCAAUC